AUGAAAUUGAACCAGGACAUCGAAGGCUUUUGUUUGUGUUGCACCACUAAAGACGUGGAGAUAUCCCAUCCUCUGUUCCAAGGCAGCCUCUGCUCCAAGUGUAAAAACAACUUAACAGAGACUCUGUACCGUUAUGAUGAAGACGGGUAUCAGUCGUACUGCACCAUCUGCUGCUAUGGACUGGAGGUCAUUCUGUGUGGUAACAACAGCUGCAGCAGGUCUUACUGCACCGACUGUCUGAACAUCCUCGAGCCUCACCGCGUUUACCCGUCUAUCCCCGCCGACUGUCGCAGACCGAUUCGAGUUCUGUCGCUGUUCGAUGGCAUAGCAACAGGCUACUUUGUGCUGCAAGAGCUCGGCUUCCAAGUAGAGAAGUAUGUCGCCUCAGAGAUCUGCGAGGACUCAUUAGCAGUGGCGGAGGUCAACCAUGACAGGAAGAUCGUCCACGUGGGAGACGCCCGCUUCAUCAGCGAGAAACACCUCGAGAAGUGGGGCCCUUUCGACAUGCUGAUCGGUGGCAGCCCCUGCAACGACCUCUCCAUCGUCAACCCGUACAGAAAAGGACUUUACGAGGGCACCGACAGACUGUUCUUCGAGUUCUACCGAAUCCUCCAGCUGCUGAAGCCCAAAGAGGAAGACCCCAGGCCGUUCUUCUGGCUAUUUGAAAAUGUUGUAUUCAUGAACACCCACGACAAAGUCAACAUCUGCCGCUUCCUCGAGUCUAACCCGGUGCUGGUGGACGCGGUCAAUGUCAGCCCUGCACACAGAGCGCGUUGCUUCUGGGGGAACAUCCCCGGGAUGAGCAGGCCGAUCAUAGCGUCCCAAAGUGACAAGCUGACUCUGCAGGACUGUCUGGAGAUCGGCAGAGAGGCCCGGGUCACGAAGGUGAGGACGAUCACCACCAACAGAAACUCUCUGAAGCAGGGCAAAGACGUCUCUCUGCUGCCCGUCCUCUAUAACGGCCGGGAGGACAACCUCUGGAUCACAGAGCUCGAGAAAAUCUUUGGUUUUCCAAAACAUUACACCGAUGUGAGGGACAUGAACCGACUGCAGAGGCAGAAGGUGCUGGGGAAGGCGUGGAGCGUGCCCGUCAUCCGUCACCUCUUUGCUCCUUUGAAGGACUAUUUUGCCUGUAAGGAGCUGCCUCCCAUAACCACAUCCUCCAACUCCUCCCCCUCCCCCUCCCCAUCCUCUCCAGAACUGCAGCAGCUGAGAUGAAGUGUGUGUGUGUGUGUGUGUGUGUGUGUGUGUGUGUGUGUGUGUGUGUGUGUGUGUGUGUGUGUGUGUGUGUGUGUGUGUGUGUGUGUGUGUGUGUGUGUGUGUGUGUGUGUGUGAGG